AUGCCCAGCAUCUUCGCCUACCAGAGCUCGGAGGUGGACUGGUGUGAGAGCAACUUCCAGCACUGGGAGCUGGUGGCCGAGUUCUACAACACGUUCAGCAAUGUCACCUUCUUCAUCUUUGGGCCUCUCAUGAUGUUUCUGAUGCACCCAUAUGUCCAGAAACGUUCCCGCUACAUUUAUGUCACCUUCAUCCUCUUCACAGUCGUAGGUCUGUUCUCUAUGUACUUUCACAUGACACUCAGCUUCCUGGGCCAGAUGCUGGAUGAGAUCGCUAUUCUGUGGCUGCUGGCCAGUGGCUACAGCAUAUGGAUGCCCCGCUGCUACUUCCCUGCCUUCCUAGGGGAGAACAGGCCCCAGUACAUCUGCCUGGUCAUCACCGCCACCGUGGUCAGUACCUUCCUGUCCUUCCUGACGCCCAUGAUCAACGCGUACGCCCUCAACAGCAUGGCCCUGCACAUCGUCUACAUCGUGGCCCAGGAAUAUAAAAAGACCAGUAAUAAGGAGCUUUGGCGUCUAAUUGAGGUCACCAUGGUUUCAUGGGCUUUUGCGUUUACUAGCUGGAUCAGUGACCGCUGGCUUUGCAGUUUCUGGCAGUGGAUUAAUUUCUCCUACCUGCACAGCAUCUGUCUAUACUCCAGACAUGAAACCAGAAUCUCUGAAGGUGGGCCUCGGGCACUGGUAUUUUUUGAAGCUCCUCGAGAGACAUCAAUGAACAGGCAGGGCCCUGUACCAGGACCUGGUCUUCAGAUAUUGGAGUUAAUAACUGUGGAAGACGGUAUAUUUUCCAGAAUGGCUGCAACCACAUCUCCCAUUCCACAUGUUCUUCUAACAAUGUGACCUUUGUGCUCCUCUGUGAAGGAGCCCUUGAAUGUGGGUGAGCUUAGUCUAUGGUGGAAGUGACUCCAUGUGACUUCUGAAGCUAGUUCAUCCAAGGCAAUGCAGCUAUCUCCUGAUUUUCU